GUUCACCCUGCACACAAACCCACUCAUGACCAGAGGAUGAGAGUCACAGAGAUUUGAAUGGUGAAGCUGCAGCGGCUGUUUCCAGGUUUCUCACAUCCAGCAGUUUUUCAUCUGUGGCCUUAAAACAAAAAAGAGAGAGAGAGAGAAAGAGAAAGAGAAAGAGAGAGAGAGAGAGACCUUUACCGUCUGUGUGUGUGAGGGAGAGAGAGUGAGGAAGGAAGAGGGAGGGAUUGAACUAAGGAAAGUGGAGUUUUUUUUUAGGUUUUCACAGCAUCUGGAGACCUGAGCGGAUCUACAGACACACAAGAGGAAGCACAAGAAUAGUUUGGACGCACGGAGGAAUAUCAGAAACCAGAGGAAAAGGCUGGAUAAAAAACAACACCUUCAAAGAGGAGAAGAGAAGAGAGGAGUCGAGGAGGAGAAGUAGUUGGUCUAACGGGACGGGACGGGAGCAGAGUUGUGUCACAGCAGCAGGAAUGUUACCGGUGAUACUGACAGUUUACCUCAAUGACACCCAGCAGAUGCUAACCGAGGUCCCAGUUACUCCGGCAACCAGAGUGACUGAUGUGGUUGAAUACUGCAAAGAGGCCGGCGAGGGGGAUUGUCACUUAGCCGAAGUAUGGAACGGGCAUGAGCGAGUCCUCCCUAAGGAGUUAUUAUUGCUGGAUCUCCUUCAGCAGUGGGGGGCCAGGAGGCCUGAGGUCAGCUUCUACCUCCGACACUGCCCCGCCUGGGCACAAGGAAGUCAGCAGCCUCUGGAGCAAAGCUGGACCUCAGAAGCAACAGAGAGCGCUAAUGACAGGCAGCAGCAAAGAGACACGAGCACGGGGAUUCCCCGUGUGGAGCUGACCCUCUCUGAGCUCCAGGAAAUGGCCACAAGACAACAGCAACAGAUAGAGGCUCAGCAACAGAUGUUGGUCGCCAAGGAGCAGAGGCUGAGGUAUCUUCAGCAGGGAGGCAGAUCCAACCAGGGACAGACACAGUCUGAAGCUGAGAAGCUGCAGCGGCUGAAGGAGCGAGUAGAGACUCAGGAAGCAAAGCUGAAAAAGAUCCGAGCCAUGAGGGGACAAGUGGACUACAGUAAACUGAUCAACGGAAACCUCUCUGCAGAGAUAGACCAUGUGAGCAGCUUGUUUCAGGAGAAGCAGGCGGAGCUGCAGUCUGCAGUGGUCAGAGUCGACCAGUUGACUCAGCAGUUGGAGGAUUUGAGGAAAGGGCGCAUUCAGUUACACCCUGCACCGCCUCAGGGGGCACCCACUGGGUGCCAUGGUACCACCACAGGCCAGAAAGGGUCGCCCCUGUCUGGCCCUGCAGCCCUGGAGCUGAGGAAACUCUACCAGGAGCUGCAGGCUCGUAACCGCCAUAACCUGGAGCAGAGCAGCAAGUUGUCCCAGAACAAGGAGCUGCUAAACAAGAGGAACGCCCAGGUGACAGUGAUGGAUCAACGCAUCGGAGAUCUGCGAGAACGAUUGCACAAGAAGAGAGCUGAAUUAACCCGUAUGAAUGGAGGAGGCCUGUCCUCCCCUCAGUCCUCUUCCCACCCUGCUGGUGGAGUUUUGGGUCGAGUGGCAGCUGUCUGCCCCUACAUCCAGGUUCCAGCUGAGGGGAGACAGGAGGCGGCUUACCCCCUGCCAGCUGACCCUCCACCCAAACCCACCCCACUCAGCCACACCCGUUCCCUCUCAGAGGAGGACAGGAGUGGCAGCAGGAAUCCUCCCAGCCAGUGGAAAGUGUCAGAUUUAGACAUCGUCCUGUCUGAACCCACGGAGACGUGGGAGGGACCUGGGUCCCCUCAGGGGGGCGACAGUGACAACACCAAUGAAGCAUCAUGGCCUAGCAUCAGUAAGAGUGUGUCCGAUUGGAGGACCAACAGUCCAGAACAGCUUCCCUCUGGUUAUGGUACCUACCCCAGUGCCACCCACCAGGCGGCAGGGCAUCACUGUGCCACCAGCUCUCUGCCCCGCUCUGCCCCUGGUACACUGGGCUGGCCUCGAUCUAACGUUGCCAACGCCACGUCAUCUUCCUCUUCAUCAUCCUCCUCCUCCCAGCAAAUACAACAUCGUAUCUCUGUCCCUCCUAAUUCAAACCAAGCCCAGUCCUCUCCACUGUCCCCACAAACAGAGCGAACAGAUCCCCCUCCAGCUGUGGCUGUACGCCCCUACGUCCCGGACCAUCCCUCCAGGCCCCAGUCCCCCAGGAAGGGUCCUGCCACCAUGAACAGCAGCUCCAUCUACAGCAUGUACCUCCAGCAGCCUCAGGCUAAAAACUAUGGAUCCCUCAGUAAUAGGACUACCGUCAAAGCAGUCUAUGGCAAACCUAUCCUCCCCACGUCCUCCACCUCUCCGUCCCCUGUCCCUUUCCUCCAGGGAGGAGGAGGAGUGAGAGCAGGAGGAGAGGAUGUAACAGAUAAGGAAGGAGGGAAACGAGGAGGAGAGAGCAGUGUUGGGCAAAUUAUCCCUCCGCCAAGCGUAGAUAACAUCCCUCGUCCCCUCAGUCCCACAAAGCUCACCCCAGUUGCCCACUCCCAGCUACGUUACCAGAGUGACGCUGACCUGGAGGUUCUUCGCAGACGCCUCAGCAACGCUCCACGGCCACUGAAGAAACGCAGCUCAAUCACUGAACCAGAGGGCCCACAGGGGCCAAACAUCCAGAAACUUCUGUACCAGAGAUUCAACACACUGGCGGGAGGAAUGGAAGGAGGCUCAGGCAACACUUUCUACCAGCCCGAAUGCCUUUUGGGUGACAUGGACAACAUCCAUUCAGCCAAUGGGAAUGUAGAACCUGGUGACAAGCACAUCAGUGUGGCAGCUGUGGAGGGCGAAGUCCAGAACCUGAACUCGGACUCGCGACGCUUGUCCCCUCCUUCUAUUUCCAUAGAAACGUCCAAAGAGUCAAUGGCAACAGCGGAAACUACCAAUAAUGUCUCUCCGUCAACCCAGCCCAGCCCAUUCCCUUCACCUGAUAGGCCAGAGGACCAGAAUAAUAACAAACAGAGAGGAUCUAGUCCUACCAACAACUCUGUAGGCCAGGCCUCUCCAUCACCUCCUGCACCUCCUCCGCUGCCUAAGGCGAAGCGAACCAACCUGAAGAAGCCGUCAUCUGAGCGGACAGGCCACGGUCUCCGAGUCAAGUUUAACCCUCUCGCCCUGCUGCUGGAUGCGUCGUUAGAGGGAGAGUUUGAUCUGGUGCAGAGAAUCAUCUAUGAGGUGGAAAAUCCCAGUAUGCCCAAUGAUGAAGGCAUAACUCCUCUUCAUAAUGCUGUCUGCGCUGGACAUCACCAUAUUGUCAAGUUUCUGCUGGACUUCGGAGUGAACGUGAACGCAGCUGACAGUGACGGAUGGACUCCUCUGCACUGUGCAGCUUCAUGUAACAGCGUUCACCUCUGUAAGAUGCUUGUGGAGUCCGGGGCGGCCAUUUUCGCAACAACAAUUAGUGAUGUCGAAACAGCAGCAGACAAAUGUGAAGAAAUGGAGGAGGGCUUCACACAGUGUUCUCAGUUUCUCUAUGGUGUACAGGAGAAGUUGGGGGUUAUGAACAAAGGCUUGGUCUAUGCUCUGUGGGACUACACGGCCCAGCAGGCUGAUGAGCUUCCCUUCGGCGAGGGCGACGGCCUCACUGUGCUUAGCCGGCGUGACGAGACUGAGACAGAGUGGUGGUGGGCGCGACUUAAUGACCGGGAGGGAUACAUCCCCAGGAACCUGCUGGGGCUGUAUCCAAGGAUCAAACCCAGACAACGCUCGUUGGCAUGAAGCCCAGAUCAGGGGCCACGUGCACACUCACUGUGGGCACAUGCAUGCAGAGAAGAAGAGGAGCAGAAGCCGCAUGAGGGCGGGCGUGUUACCCGAGUAAGAAGGACUCAAGGAAGGAUAGAAAUAGUCAAGAGGCUGAGAGAGGAAAGAAAGAAAGAGGAAUAUGGAGGUUAAAGUUUUGCUGGAUAGUUUUUUGGUAUGUUUGGGUGUAAACGCUGGAACAACAGAGCCAUGUUGUGGUAGAGUCAUGAUAUAUUUUACCGAGUCUCUGCAGAGUUAAGGAAAUUGCCUGAAUCUUGUUUUUCGCUACGGUAGCUUGAAAACGUCACUGGUGUUCAGCCGCAUGACAGAAGCUGAAUAGAAAAGAAAAUCACCAAAACUUUCUUAUCUUUUGGAUGAAGCUUCAAAGUCCGCUUCAGUUCAUUUAGCUCAAAACAUGACACCAUGAGACUGGAACUAUGGCUUCACCUGACAUGUGUCAAGUAUUCUUGAUCUGUGAAUUGUACAUGUUCAUUUAAAAAAACACGCGCGCAACAUUUGGAUCUUAAAGGAAUACUCAUCAUCUGCAUAGCAAAUGGACGAGAUAUUUACUAAUAGAAAUGAACACGAUGUCGGACAAAUCUGUCGCACUGCGAGGUGUGAAGAUCUCUGAAUCAGGUGAAGUGUGUGAUGUGACAUAUGAAAGUGAGGACGGAGAGAGGAAAGUGAAAGAAGAGAACAUAGGAAUGUGUGUUCAAGCAAGUUUAGCCAGUACUGUGUGGCUGUUGAUCGGUUGAGCAGUUAUUAGCAAUUUCUGUCCAAAAAUUAGCUGAGGUGCACAUCAGCCCACACAAGCACCAGAUUUUUACAAUUAAAUAAAAAAGCAUGGUUUAAAAAAAGUUUGAACUGAUAUCAGAAGAUUUUUUGGGGUUCUGAUUUUACAAAACUGAUCUGUGAACCAUUACUGAUGUCUCAACCUUUCAGAAUUUGCAUCUGUCUCAUCGCUGGUGCAUGCUGACACAUCAACAUCUGCUCAACUGCAAAAUGGUUGUUGCUGGAAAAACUGAAGAAAGGAAGGAAAAGAGAAUGUGUAGAGAAUGUGUUUGUGUAGCUGUGAAACCAAACUAUGUAAAAAAUAAACAGAUUUAAAGGUGAGAGACCACGAUGAGGAAUUGAAUAGAGAGAACACCUGCUAGCCUUCACACAUUUACACAUAAAGUUUAAUCCAGACUAGAGCCUCGUUCACACUGCUCCUCAUGCUGGUAGAAAACUGGUACCAGGCUUUAGAACUAACAAUCACAUUAAUCAGUCAUCGACCGACAAACUAUAUUUGUUAGUCAAAUGUUAAAAUACAACAUAAAAGCUCCAGUUUUUAUUUUGACAACUUUGAACACCAGAGUGUAGAAGGUUGAAAACAAAUGUACAGGCUAAAUACCAACACUUUAUCCCUGGGCCAAUUGGUUUAGUAUUGAAAUGGGGCUACAUUAGCUCAGAGUGAAUGAAGAAUCUGAAGUUUGAAAACAACUUGAGUUUUUCUCAAAUUUUAUUUCAUUUUAUUACUAUUUUUUUCACAUUUAAAUACUUCAGUAGUUGUAUUAUGUACUCAGCUUUUUGUUUGAUUGUUUUAUUUUGAGCAAAACAAUGUUUUCUAUUAUUAUUAUUAUUAUUAUUAUUAUUAUUGGGACACACUUCUGUUGUUUCUUUGUCAGAGCUGGCGCCUCUCACUGCUGCCACCCAGUGUACAGGAACGUUGUGACACAAAAUAAAGAAUAAUUUUCUUGACCACAUGCUGUGUAAAAUAUGAAGCAACAUAUUUGAGUGCUGUCUGAUGUGAGAAAGGUUCAUUGUUGUGAGGAGUGUGUACCAUUACUUUGUGUAUAUGCUAGCAAUAACUCUACAGCUACUGUACAUUCAUAAUAAAGAAAUUAUAAUCCCUACAGAGAACCAA